UGGUGUCGUCGCGUGUGUUGGCAGCUUCAGUGACGCCAUCGCCACUGCUAGUUGGAUCCUGAACAACAAGACCAUCGCUGCUCCGACCUUGUGCAAACCUCUCUCGUUGUAGGCGCGUUCUUCGUCGGGCGCACCGUCACCGCAACCGGCUCCUUCACACCUUAGGAACUGGUUUAUCUCGUAAAGAUUAGAGGGAGCAAUAAGAUUUUGAGCAAUUAGGGUUUAGCGAUGGGGUGGUCUCGGGUCGGCUCUGUCGCGGCGAAGACCCUUGCUCGAUCUGCUGUGCGGCAGGUGAGAUCAAGCGGUUCAUUGGUCGGAAGUUUGAGGAGAGCCGACUACUACACGAAGUGUAGUGGUGCUCGGGAUGUAGCUCGGGAUUUGAACUCAUCGUUGACGGGGUGGGCGAGAGCGUUGCAUUCGUCGAAGGAGAGGUUGCAGCAGGCGGCAGCUGCGACGCCAAGGAGCGUGCCCUUGUCGAAGCUGACGGACAACUUUCUGGAUGGGACCUCGAGUGUGUAUCUGGAGGAGCUGCAGCGUGCGUGGGAGCAAGAUCCGAAGAGUGUUGAUGAGUCGUGGGAUACCUUUUUCCGGAACUUUACGGGGCAGACGGCAAGUAAUGUUGGUUUGUCAGGACAGACCAUCCAGGAGAGCAUGCGGCUGUUGCUGCUCGUGAGAGCUUACCAGGUGAAUGGUCAUAUGAAGGCGAAGCUCGAUCCCCUGGGCCUUGACGAUAGGAAUAUCCCGCUCGAGCUUGAUCCUGCUUUAUAUGGAUUCUCCGAGGCUGAUCUUGAUAGAGAGUUUUUCCUCGGUGUGUGGCGAAUGUCGGGGUUCCUUUCUGAGAACCGUCCAGUGCAGACUUUGCGGGCAAUUCUGUCCAGGCUAGAACAAGCUUAUUGUGGCACUAUCGGAUACGAAUACAUGCACAUUCCAGAAAGGGAAAGGUGCAAUUGGUUGCGUGACAAUAUCGAAACUCAACGUCCUGGGAAGUACGGACCUAGCCGGAAGGCUGUCAUUCUGGAUCGGCUCAUGUGGGCUACUGAUUUUGAAAACUUCCUGUCCCAGAAGUGGACCGCAGCGAAGAGGUUUGGUUUGGAGGGUUGUGAGACCCUAAUUCCAGGUAUGAAGGAGCUAAUCGACAGGGCUGCGGAUACUGGUGUGGAGAGUAUUGUUAUUGGUAUGCCCCACAGAGGACGCCUUAAUGUUCUCGGUAAUGUUGUCCGCAAGCCUCUGAGGCAAAUUUUCAGCGAGUUUAGCGGUGGCAUUAAACCAUCUGAAGAUGCUGGUGGUUAUACUGGAAGUGGAGACGUGAAGUACCAUCUCGGUACGUCGUACGAUCGGCCGACGCGAAAUGGGAAGAGAAUACAUCUGUCUCUUGUAGCUAACCCCAGUCAUUUGGAGGCUGUCGAUCCCGUUGUUAUCGGAAAGACUCGUGCUAAGCAGUAUUACUCCAACGAUAAGGAUCGAAGCAAAAACAUGGCCAUUUUGCUUCACGGAGACGGUAGUUUCUCCGGUCAAGGCGUGGUUUAUGAAACUCUUCAUUUGAGUGAUCUUCCCAACUACACAAUUGGAGGCACCAUUCAUAUUGUGGUCAACAAUCAGGUCGCAUUCACUACUGAUCCUAAAUCGAGCAGAUCUUCGCCAUACUGUACUGACGUCGCCAAGGCUCUUAAUGCACCGAUUUUCCAUGUCAAUGGUGACGAUGUGGAGGCAGUUGUACAUGCUUGCGAGCUUGCAGCUGAGUGGCGUCACAAGUUUAAAGCCGAUGUUGUCGUAGACAUUGUGUGUUACCGUAGGUUUGGACAUAAUGAGAUAGACGAGCCUUCUUUCACGCAACCCACCAUGUACAAGGUGAUCAGGAACCAUCCACCAGCACUUGACAGCUAUAUGAAGAGGUUGAUUGAUGAGAAACAUCUUUCUCAAGAAGAGGUCUCAGAUCUUCAGAACAACGUUUUCAGAAUCCUGAACGAGGAGUUCGAUAAAAGCAAGGAAUACGUGCCUAGCACUCGAGACUGGUUAGCUGCUUACUGGCAAGGUUUCAAGGGACCAGAGCAGCUUUCCAGAAUUCGUAAUACAGGAGUGAAGCCAGAAAUUUUGAAAAAUGUUGGGCAAGCUAUUACAACCUUACCCGAAGGAUUUACUGCGCACAAGGGCAUCCAAAGGGUGUACGAUGCAAGAAAGAAGAUGAUUGAAACGGGUGAAGGUGUGGAUUGGGCAACUGCAGAAGCACUUGCUUUUGCCACACUAUUAGUUGAAGGUAAUCAUGUACGACUUAGCGGUCAAGAUGUGGAGAGGGGCACUUUUAGCCAUCGUCACUCUGUAGUGCAUGAUCAAAAAACAGGAGAGAAAUAUUGUCCCCUUGACCACGUUGUCAUGAAUCAGAAUGAAGAGAUGUUCACUGUUAGCAACAGUUCGCUAUCUGAGUUUGGAGUACUAGGGUUCGAGCUUGGCUACUCAAUGGAGAACCCCAAUUCUCUCGUCUUAUGGGAGGCUCAGUUUGGUGACUUCGCUAACGGUGCCCAAGUAAUUUUUGACCAGUUUGUAAGCAGUGGGGAAUCUAAGUGGCUUCGACAAACAGGUCUUGUAUGCACGCUCCCUCAUGGGUAUGACGGGCAAGGACCUGAGCAUUCAAGUGCUCGUCUUGAAAGAUACCUCCAGAUGAGCGAUGACUACCCAUUUGCCGUUCCAGAAAUGGAUCCAAGCUUGAGACGGCAAAUCCAGGAAGUAAAUUGGCAGGUUGUCAACGUUACCACACCUGCCAACUACUUCCAUGUUCUGCGACGACAGAUUCACAGAGACUUCCGCAAGCCUCUUAUCAUUAUGUCACCCAAGAACCUUCUUCGACACAAGUCUUGUGUAUCAAAUCUCUCUGAAUUUGAUGAUGUUCAAGGACAUCCAGGUUUCGAUAAGCAAGGGACACGAUUCAAGCGUUUAAUCAAAGAUAAGAAUGACCAUGGUGAAGUUGAGGAGAGUAUUCGUCGGCUUGUUCUUUGCUCUGGCAAGGUUUAUUACGAGCUUGAUGAGGAGCGUAAUCGAGUUGGCGCCAACGAUGUCGCCAUCUGCCGAUUGGAACAACUCUGCCCCGUCCCCUACGACCUCGUUAUGAGGGAGCUGAAAAGAUACCCCAACGCUGAGGUUGUGUGGUCGCAAGAGGAACCAAUGAACAUGGGUGCAUUCACCUACAUCGCACCCCGAAUUGCCACUGUUCUUAGAGAGCUGAGCCGUGGAAAAUUCGAGGAUAUCAAGUACGUCGGUCGGCCACCAGCAGCAGCAACUGCUACAGGCUUCGGUAGUGUUCACGCACAGGAGCAAAUUGAGCUGGUCCAAAAAUCCAUGCAAAAAGCACCCAUUAACUUCCCCUGAAUGCUUCCAUUCUAGCAAUAAGUUGCUUCAACACAACAUUGUCUUUGAUGUUGCUGAUACUGUUAGUAGUGCAGCCAGGUGCAUUUCAAGACCUUUGUGGAAAUUCUUACCAUCUUAAGGGCUCAUGUUCUAUCAUGUCCUAAUAGACUUUUGUCGUUGGUACUUGUGGGACGGCAUUAUUAGUCGUGAAAAGGAUUGGAACAGUGGUACCAUGCUAUUGGGUGAUUUAUUAGGCAGUGGAACCACUUUUUCCAGCUUCUAUUUCCUCUUUCAGGGGAAGUACUGGUACUAGUCAGGACAAGAGUUUACUGAACUCCGAUGAUAUUACUGGUAUAUACAAUAGAAUGCAGGGAAAAGUUGUUUUUCUGCAGCUUUCUAAAAAAAUUAAAGUUACGUUUGUUAAAGUUAA